GUACCGCAGCUUUCUAUCGUACAAGCUGGCCAUGUAAAAUAGUCUUUUUUACCGUGGACAUCAUCGUCCAUGUUAAGAGUCAGCGUUGACGUUAAGAGGAGAUUCAGGUUUUCGCUACGAGUUUACCUUCCUUUCCUAGGUUAAGUUAGGCACUUUAUUUCAUUCGUAGACACACAAUUACUUCGCUACAUAUAAUCUUUUAUAAGUGACAAUUAUAAAACGAUUGAUUAGCUUGUCCGAAACUUCCGACCACGAAACUGCUGUCAGUUAUACGACAAGAUGUUCUCGAAGAAAGUUUGUCACUGGAACGCUGUGAAUGUUAUGCGAAACGGGCUUCUGCAACGCGGUCUUAUAGUCGAUAAACUGGAUUUAGGAUGGGUUGUUGAUUUUGAUAUCUUUGGGCAAAAACCGGAGGUUAUUCCAUACAGCAGUUACAAUAUAUUUCUGGACAAAAUGAGGACUCCAGCGUCUCAAGACAAUACAGACUGUACGGUAUUGUGCGGCAGCCACGACAUAUAUCAGCAUCCACAAGUAUUGCUCAAGUUAGCAACCAACCAGCCUUGGACGUGGUAUGAAUGCAACGUGUCGUCGGGCUCAUCUAAUCGAAAUUAUUUUGCCCUCGUCGAAGUGAUCUACGGAAACGAGCGCAUUGUUACUGUCGUUCGAGCGAAUCGUCUCCGCGGUCAUCCACACAUCGGGCGUUUAUUACGGAAGAACGAUAUUCUUAAAGAGGAACUUCCUGUGCCCCCGGACUCUGUCGCCCUUAGUUCAACCGCAGUGAAGUUUUGGAAAGUGAAUUUCCCUCGCACCCAUCCUGUCCAAAUAUUAGACAACCAAAUCACAUUUCUUCAGCCACGCUUUGAUAAAGGACUUGACCAAAACAAAGUGGCAGAGAUACUGAAAAGAGGUGAAAUAGAAAGCCGAAUAACCAGACAGGAAGACGAAAUAGAUAGAUCGGAUUUUGCGCUUUUUGACAUGGAUGAAUUUAAUUCAAUAUACGAUCCUCACAGUCCAACAGAGAGUUUACUGCAGCAAAUGCAGUCAUAUAUACGGAAAAAAUCUGAACUUCCAUGUACCGAAAGUUAUCCUUCCCUUAACGACCUUUCCCUCGAUGUUCUUGUGGACAUAAUUUCGGUUCUGGAUGGAGGUCAUCAAGCAGUUGUACGAUCCGUUUGUACUGCCUGGAAUUCGGUUGUGCUGUCCACUAAGUGUACUAAGACGGUAAUAAUUCAAUAUUCACGCUGGGUUGAUAAUAACAAGCAGAAUCCGUAUGAGUUGAUGUCGUUACUCUGCCAUUGUAUUACCAGCGCAACGCAAUAUGUGAUAUUUGCCACUGAGGAUAUCUUUUUCCCGCUACCGCUUUUGGCUGAUCUCCGGACCUUCAAGGAGAUGCCCCUAACGUUUGUUUUCGCCAACACCACAGUGAGAAGCGGUAUGUUUUGUGAAGAAACUAUUGCUGACGGACACGUGGAUCUACUGAAUAAAAUUCGUACUUCAUUUUCACAAAUGAUGGAGCCACCGUUUGCCCGGCUUCUUUUGUACAAGGUCACACUGCAGCAAUUUUUCGUCCCGGCCUGCGCAGACUACGUGAGUUACAAAGAGAAAAAUAGUGGCUUGUUGGAUUUGGUCAUCGUGCGCUUGGCAGUGAACGUUCACGAAGAGAUCGCCUUUCUCGACGUGCUUAAACGAGCCGCACCAGCAUUUCCAGAUUUCAACAUUUUGCCACAUCGAGAAAUUUUCCAGGGUCUAACAGAAUGGAUUGCCGAGGCCAAUGGCAAUACCGUUCGAGAAAACGAGAUCCUGACCAUCCUGAAAAAGUGGCAAUCGGACGACGUUCGCUUCGGUCAACAUAUGCAAUGGAAAGAUAUGGAGGCAAAAAUAAACGCUGGCCUUACUAAUUUGCAUCCUAUUACGUUUUGGGCCCUGCUGGCAUUGUCAAGAACGCUGACGAAAAGGCAAGAACAAAUGCUUCGUCUUACUUAUCGCUACGAGGAAAACGUUGUUGAGAGCAAUAACUUGCAUGUUUACGGUAAUGCUGCCAACAACGGCAUGGACUUGGAUCCGAAUUCCGAUUAUUUGAUUUUUAAUCAAAAUCGCAAAAAGGAAGAUGACCUGGAUGAGAACAGCAAUGAUUUAAAUCUGGAUUACGAUAACAAUAACCUGAAUCAGAACCGCGAUGGCAUAGAGCUGGAUGAUGAUGACCUCGGUGAGGACCGCGAUGACCUAGAACUAGAUGAUGAUGACCUGGGUGAAGACCGCGAUGACCUAGAACUAGAUGAUGAUGACCUGGGUGAAGACCGCGAUGACUUAUUUCUGGAAUGUGACGACGAUGACCUGGGUGAAGAUCGCGAUGACUUAGGUCUGGAGUACCAUAACAAUGACCAGGACGAUGACAGCGAUGAUUUCGGUCUGGAUGAUGAUGCGCGACUCGACAACAUAUACUAGGACGUACAAGGACGAUGCUGGCUUGGGUUUGGACGAUGACCUGCGAAUAAACCCUGGUGACUACUUCGGUGUAAAAAUGAACUACGAAUGGGACGAGGGUCACGAGAUCAUUAACUGUGCCGACUUGGACUUUGUUUCUGAAUGCGGAAGCGGCUGCUUCUGAACCUACAACUGCCGACUGCAGCUCAAUUAUAUUAGCUCCACUUUGUACAAGAGGUUUACCGGGCGAUCAAAACGUUAUUCAACAAUUCAUAAAGAAAACUGCCGGUCUUCGAUCAACAUAUUUAAAAAAACGUUUCAGACUUUAGAUGAGACGGGUGAAGGGCGUGAAAACUCACGGACUGCAUUACCGGGCAUGGUCUCCAAAGUUGAACUAUUG